CACCUUUGUAGCCAACAGCAGGUGCUGCCGGUUGCGGGAAUCAACGACCCAGCGCUACUCGCAGCUGCGUUUCUCGUUCGCUACCGCCAGCCCACGCUACACGGCAGAGCGCAAUGGAGCAAAGCCGCUGGUUUUGGCAGCGAAGCCCGCCUCCUACAGGCAUGGCAAAACGACAGGCCGAGAAGAAUGCCCUGCGGUUUGGCAGCAGUGUUAGUGGUGCUCUGGAUGGCCACACGGUCACGCGGAUCAGACCUAGUCUAUCUCUACCCAACGAUAACGUUCCCAAGGAACAUCACGAUGGGCCUCGGCACUUUUGUCAACUUCCGCUGUGAGUUGAACGUAAGUGGCGGCUCGGCCAAUGAAAUGUUUUGGCUCCAUGACGGAACGCGCAUCCCAGACGAUGGCCGGCGCCACUCAAGGCUCGAGGUGCCUUCCGAAGGGCGCUACAUAAGCUAUCUGGAGGUGCGAGAACUUGGGGACAUCGACGUUGGCCGCUACACGUGCGAUGCGACAGCCAGGCUCAACAACCUCAACCUGGUGCAAGUGAUCCCGGACAGCGUAUACCUCAGCGUGGCUGACUACAGGGCGGCGCAUUGGGGCCAACCUUGCCUGCUAUUGCAGUCUACGAAGACAUGCGUGGAUGCGAACACUGCAUGCUUCCUUGACCGGCCACCGAACAGAACCACAGCGACGGGCUCGUCGUGCCAAUGUGUCAACGAAUUUCCCAUCCAUAUACCUGCACUCGGGAGAUGUGAAAAAGGAUCACACCUUGGUGACAGCUGCGCUGAUGACAGCCAGUGCCGCUGGUUCACGCAAUUCGCGGUUUGCUUGCGCGGCUGGUGCCAAUGCGCGGACGCCUACAUGGUUACUCGAGGGGGCAGCGAAUGCAUACCAGUGGCACCUGAGGGUCGAGAAUGCACUAUGGACUGGGAAUGCGAACGCUCCGGCAUGGUAUGCAUCGAACGCACCUGUCGUUACAAAGUCGCUGUCUCCGGGGGCCAGAUCGCAGUCCUGACGCUCCUGUCGAUUAUUGGUGCAUGCCUUCUAGUCUACCUGGUCAUUCUUCUAGUCCGCCGUUCCCGAAACAAGAAAAAGAAGCAAGAAGAACCCAUCUACAUUGUGCCACUGAGGAGGUGACGUAGGAAACUGCUUGCAAAGGAGAGCAUCACAAAGUGCAAUAACGCUCUGGGACAAAGCCCUUACGAAGGGGCAUUGUGCACCGAGACAUUCAGUGUGACGAAUUCUUGUGGCGGGCAUUAUACAUUGUGACUGCCACGUCAGUUAUCCGCCACUAUCACUCGAGUUUGAUUGCUGUCGCAAACGUGAAAAUCGCACUACGGACUGUGCUUGUGGUGGAGUGUGAAUGUUCCCUGAAAUUUCUAUUUUUUAUGAUUGCACAUGUGAUGAUGACGUGACUAAGAUGCAGUUUGCCUACAUGCACAUCUGAUGGAAUGAAGAAAUAGGAUUUUUUUGUUUUCUGAGUCACCGAAAUCGGAGGAACCAGCGAAACAGUAGGGCUGCUGAUGACGCCGAUUCACCGAGUCAAAUGGCCCCCUAGAAUUUAUACAACAUGUAACAAGACUUUAUGACAGAAGUUCCCCACGUGGAUUAGUGAAAUAUAGAUGACUUUUGGCCAGCGGUUGGACAUUGCUCCAAUCCUUUUUGACACUUCAUUUUUAACAUCCCUUGAAGCAGCACGCUGUACAUAGAGUUCGUCUUUUGGACGAGUGCUUGCUGUAGCUUCUCUCUUCAAAGGUCGAGAUUAUGUGAGUUGUGAUAUACAUGGAAUCUUGUACAUAUCGUAGCGAACCAGCUGCUUUCGUUCCAUCCUUCACGUUUGAGGGUUCUAUGAGCCCCUGUUGUUCCCUUGGGUGAGCUGCUCAACACAGCCAUUCACACACCAUUCCGCAAGUCCGACAUUGAUGUGAGGUUGUGCGUGUUAUGACACGUGAUGUGGGCAUGCGCUUGUUAUUCGACUGCAUUACGUUUGCCACCACGAGAUCGUAAUAUCAUCCAGUUCUAGUGCCUGUACAAAUGUUUAGUGAUAGUUACUGAACCUGAGGCCUCGGGGUUGAAAUAUAAUGAAAAAAGGCAGAAUGCUUCUGCCGUUCGAAAAGUUGCAUAAAGCUGUCGUAUUGGUGGCGUUGGUUGUAGAACUCAAAGAGGGUGAAAAAUGAGACUUAAUUGGCAGAUAUGUAAUCUAUGAACCUUGAAAUCAAGUGAUCAAGAGAGCAUGCAAGGAGAAAUAACGAGCUUCUUGGGGGAAGCACCGCAAACGUGUGAAUGGCAUGCUUUCAAUUGCUUCGAGUUAUGGUGAUCCUGCAAGUUCCUUGACUUCUUAAAAUUGCCUUAGGGCAACGGUAGCAACGUUUGGCAGCAUUAGCAAACAACUCGAGGUGUCUGCCAAACCGGUUCGGAGAAACUGAAGUUUUGCAUCGGUAUAUUAGCCGGUAUAAUCCAUUUGUCCUCAUUUGUGCCUACUGGUGGAUCCUGGUGAGAACCAUAGGCGGAGCACAGAUCGGAUUUUUAGCGAUGAGAAAA